CUCAUCCAUCCUCACACCCUUUGCUAGCUACCCAGCUCCCAUGGCACUUAAUCGUGUGAUUGCACCACUCUUCUUUGCACUGGUUCUUGCAACGAUUGACCUCUCGACUUGCCAUGUUAUGAAGGGCUCCGUCACUUGCCUGGACUGCCACCGCCAUCACGACUUCUCAGGUAUUAAGGUUUUAGUGAAGUGUGACCGGGUGAAAAAGCUGGCUAUGGCAACCACAGAAGCUGAUGGCUCCUUUAAGACCAAUCUUCCCUCAGACACUCAAACCUCUUCUCCUUCUUUGAACUGCCUUGCUAAACUUCUUGGUGGCCCGAACCAGCUCUAUGCCUUCAGGAAAAACACGGUCUCCAAGAUUGUGAAGGCCCGAGACGAUAGUUCUUACACGAUCUCCACUCCCCUUUCCUUUUCCACCACUUGCCCUUCAUCUGUAAAAGGUGCGAAAUAUGGGGAGUUUGGGUCAUCCAAGACCGUUGAUCUACCUCUACCGCCGGAGUGGGGACUAGCACCAUCUAGCUACUAUAUUCCUUUCUUCCCCAUCAUCGGUAUACCUUAACUAUUGCAGCAUAAUGAGCAGAUCAAGAAGUGAUUACUAAAAUAUAUAUAAAUAUAAAAGUCUUGCUCUAUCAUGUGAUCUUUGUGUGGAAAAUGUAGUGAAGUCUAAGUAUUUCUUUGUUUCUAUAUAUGUUCUAUAUCUAUAUGUAUAUGAAGUGGUUGGCUUUUGUAUAAGUGGAAGUUAAAACUUAGAAGUGCUACAUGUGCUAAGAACGGAAGCAUUGUGUAUCGUGUGUGCACUCAGAAGUCCAAGGCAUAAAUGCAUGUAUACUUGGUUAGGAUGUCCAACAGUUUUUUCAAGUAUCAAUUUUGCCUGUUCUUCUCUUGUUA